UGGUACUCCUCUGUAUAUCACAGCUAGAACCAUUGGCGAUACCUAGGUACUAACUCGGCAUAUUCGAUUGAUCCCCCUGAAGUUCUGUCAUAGCUUACAAAUUGUUCUUUUAUUCGUCUAUUACAGUAUUCUCUACUAUCUCCACACUGUAUAUUUUGAUAAAGGUACUCGAUUCUAAGGUGGCAAGCAUUGGAACGACACAUCAUACAUAUAUUCGUCUACCUUGCCCCUACCGACCUUAACCUCGGUUCUCCCCCUUUACUUCAAACCAUCCCUGCCGUUCCUUCCUUCCACACUGCUACGAUACACCCUCACGAAUACCAAACUUCACAUCUCGACAGUCAUGCCCACCAAGAACCUAGCAUUCAUCUUCACGAAACCACCCACGGGGGUCCCCGUACCCGGUGAACACGUCACGGUCAAGGAUGUAGGGUUCGACCUGGACGCCCCGGCUCCGGAAAACGGGAUGGUCCUUGAGACUCUCUAUGUCUCCUUGGACCCUUACCUCCGUGGACUCUUGCGCGACCCCAGCAUCAAAUCCUACAUGCCACCGGUACCAUUGGGUUCACCCAUCUCUUCACAGUCGUUGAGUCGGGUCGUCAAGUCCAACCUGUCCGACUUCAAGGCGGGAGACGUGGUGCGUCACUUUCUCCCGAUCCAAGAAUACAACACCUACGUCGCCCCGGCGGAUCUCAAAGGCGCGAGACUCCCCAUGAGGAUCGACCCGGCCCUGGGGGUCAAGGACAUUCGUCACUACCUGGGAGCCUUGGGCAUGCCCGGCCUCACCGCCUACAGUUCCUUGUAUGAGAUCGGCAGGCCCCAAAAGGGUGAGACCAUCGUGGUCAGUUCGGCAGCCGGGGCCGUCGGUCAGUUGGUCGGUCAACUGGCCAAACACGAAGGUCUCACCGUCUUUGGUUCCGUGGGUACCGACGACAAACUGGCCUACAUCAUCGACGACCUCAAGUUCGACGGCGGUUGGAAUUACAAGAAGGAACCCUCCACCUUGAAAGUCAUCCACCGGCUCACCGGCGGCGACGACAAUGGAAUCGACAUCUUUUAUGACAACGUCGGUGGCGAACAACUCGAAGGUGCAUUCGACGCUCUCAACUGGCACGGUCGGAUCGUCGAGUGCGGUCAGAUCAGUCAGUACAACCUACCACCCGCGGAUCGAUACCCGAUCAGAAACACCUUCAACAUCGUAGUCAAGCGUUUGCAAGUUGAAGGUUUCUUGGUCGGAGACGAAAGGUUCGGUCCCAAAUGGGCCAAAGAACACCUCACAAAAGUCAGUCAGUGGUUGAACGACGGUACUUUUGUGGCAAAGAUUCACGAGACGAUCGGCAUGGAAAAUGCCGGAGAGGCGUUUGUUGGAAUGUUGAAAGGUGACAAUUUCGGAAAGGCCGUGCUCAAAGUGAAAUAAGAACCAACAAGGAAACAAAGGGGCAUUUGCUAUGCUAUGAUGUGAUGUGAUGUGAUUCUUAUUUUGAGAGCUUGGCCAAUUUUCUGGUACAUAUAUAUAUACAUAUAUAUACACACACACAUACUGGUGAUUAUGAGAAAUGAUGAUUACUUGGAAUUGAAUUGGGA